AUGCAGCUGCUCGUGGAGAAGAAGCACAUUCUGGAGGCCAUGGCAGAAGACGAAAGAGCCGAGCCGAGGCGUUUGGCGAACCGCAAUUUGUUGAGUCUGUUGCUGAGAACGAACCUGGCGGCCGACAUUCCUAUAGACCAGAGGGUCACUGACGAGGAACCGGAGGAAGUACUAGCCCACUAUCUCAGAGAUAUCGACAUGCGUUUGUAUCAUAUUCUGCCGUUAUUCACGCUCUCCCUCCAACUAUCUAGCUUCUUGACCGCCGGAUACGAAAUGACUGGCAAUGCGGCGAUGUGGUGCCUGUACGUGCUGACUCAGGGCGCUGAACUGCAGCAGAAACUAUACGCCGAACUGAGCGAGAUGCACUUCGACAGUCCGUCGAUGGAUGACCUCCAAGCACUGCCGUUUCCGGAUAUCGUCGUCCGUGAAUCUCUGCGACUGCAUAUCCCUGUACCAUCCGGCCUCAGGGUCGCGGUCACCCCUUCAGAAGCCAUUUUGCGACUUGCAUGGGCAAAUCCCUACAGAAUCGACAUUCCGAAAGGCACGACGACCGACAUCGCACUCCUGGCCCUGAACACGUCGAAGAGCUUAUGCGGCGAGGAUGCCUUGGAAUUUAGACCUGAGCGUUGGAAGGCCGUUCCGGACACCGCGCAUUACUGCUCACCUUUCCUCUCUCUUCUCUCCCUACACGGCGGCCUCCACCGGUCCAGCAUGCGUUUGGCCUCUACACUUCUCACUCCGCAUUCCGGGCAGCAUCAGGGUGAGCAUCUGUAG